GAAGAUGAGUUCACACAGCUUGAAAUUUCAAUUGAAAUGGGAGGAGAAGUGAAGGUGUUUGGAGCAUUCCCAAGUCCAUACUGUUUUAGGAUUGAAUGGGCCCUUAAGCACAAGGGAAUCGCAUAUGAAUACGUCAAAGAAGAUCUACGUAACAAAAGUCCACUGCUUUUGGAGUACAAUCCUGUUUACACGAAGGUUCCAGUGCUCUUGCAUGACGGAAAUCCAGUUUCGGAAUCGCUUGUCAUUCUCGAAUACAUCGAUGAAACGUGGAAGGAGAAUCCCAUAUUGCCUGAAGAUCCUUACGAGCGAGCAAUGGCUCGGUUCUGGGCCAACUUCGCAGAAGAGAAGUGUUCGGCUAGCAUAAGGACUGCUUUCUUCUCGCAAGGAAAAGAGCGAGAACAAGCAUUAGAAUCCUCGUUAGCAGAACUCCAAAUCCUCGAUGCAGAGCUUAAAGGGAAGAAAUUCUUUGGGGGAGACACAAUCGGGUUUGUAGAUUUAGUGGCCGGUUGGAUCCCACAUUGGCUCCCUGUGAUGGAAGAAGUGACGGGCAUAAAGCUACUCGAUGCGUCUCGAUUCCCAUCACUCGAUGCAUGGGCCAAGAAUUUCAAGGAAGUUCCAGCCAUCAAAGAGAAUUCUCCACCUCAUGAUCCGAUGACAUCCUACUUCCAUGGCAUUUGGACGAACAUGGUUUCAUCAGCCACCAACAAAUAACAAUCUUUCCAUCCUUUUUAAUGUCAUGUAGAUAAAAUCUAUUAAGUAUUUUCGCUAGUAAUGCAUUAAUAAGGAGUAUAGAAGGUUUCUUUC